CCCGCGAGAGUUGACGUUACUGGCUUUCGACGCGGACAGGUCGGCUCAUUUCGACGGUAGAGUCGAACGGUGGUGCAUAGCUCGACAGCUGAUCUCUCGGAGUGUUGGUGGUGCGUCUUUUAGAUCGGCCUCUCCUUGCGUCCCUUUUUUUCUCUCUUUGUUUUUUCUUUCUUUCUCUUUUUCUCUUUCUCUAUCUCUGUCUCUCCAUCUAUCUAUCUCUAUCUAUCUACCAAUCUAUCUAUCUCUUUCUUUCUUAUUCUCUAUUUCUUAUCCCUGUUUAUUAAACUCUACCGUCAUAAACAUUUUUACGUCAAAAUAUUAAGUGUGCCUGUGUACUUGAACCGAUAAGCCCACGCAAACUCGGUGGGCUUUUCCUUUUUAUCUGGGUGUUUGACAGAAAAAAAAAAAAAACAAACAAAAAAGCAAAUAAAUAAAAAGAAAAGAUAAAAAAAAAGAAAAAAAAAGAUAAUAAAAAAAAGAAGAGGAAGAUUAGAAAAGUGGGCGAAAAAAGAGUGUCAUGAAUCGUGGGGUGCGUUAUCGGUAACGGAGAAACAAAAGGAUCUUUUGCCAAAGAAGGAUCCACGGUCGCUAUAGUGAUAGUUCGAAUUAGUGUUCCUUCGAUCGCUGCUUGUCCAUUUCUUUUUUCUUUUUUUUUUUUUGGUUCUUUUUUUGUUGAAGUUUUUUUCUCGUUUGUUUGUUCGUGAGAAAGAAGAAAAUAAAAUAAAUAAAUAACGGGAGGAUUUCUACUGCGUCGGCAGGGAUUAUCCAAAUAAAAAGGAACAACCCGAGGAUGCUUCGAUUUUUCUUCGGUGGGUUAUGAAUUCGGAUAUAACGGAGAAACACCAAACCCAUCAGCAUCAACUCGUCGUUCUACGAAUCGGAUUAUGGCAGAUUUGAAGAAUCUCAGUUUGAGUGGAGGAGGUGGAUCGAGAUAUAAUGGCGACGAGCAGGUACAAUUUAUUGCCGGUGGAAGUCAUCAAGUGACAAUCAGAUCACCACCGCCAUCUUUACACUUGGAGAACCUCAAUAAUGCGGUCCUUGGAGGCUCGCAGAACAAUCUUCAGUGCAGUUGCAACGGUGUCACAUCAAACGGGUCUGCAGGCACAGCUUGCACCGGAGGAGUGCUUGCAAGGAAAGUUCCAAAUCAUAGCGGCGCCAGUCCUGGACAAGGAAACAAAAGGCCGGCGGUUUCACUGACGCAUCUACCAAAAAGGCCACCGGUCGACGUCGAGUUUAAAAAUCUUGCCUACAGCGUUUCCGAGGGCAGAAAACGAGGUUACAAGACGAUUUUAAAAUGUGUGAACGGAAAAUUCAGAUCCGGCGAAUUGACGGCCAUUAUGGGUCCUUCGGGUGCUGGAAAGAGUACUCUGAUGAACGUUCUGGCUGGUUACAAAACGUCUCAUCUGAGCGGAUCGGUAUUGAUAAAUGGAAAGGAUAGAAAUCUUCGAAGAUUUCGAAAGAUGUCUUGUUACAUUAUGCAGGAUGAUCGAUUGCUUCCACAUUUGACUGUUCACGAGGCCAUGACAGUAUCUGCGAAUUUAAAAUUAGGCAAAGACAUCAGUGCAACGGCAAAAAAAGUUGUGAUCGAAGAAAUUAUCGAGACUCUUGGAUUAAGCGACGCCAGCAAUACUCAAACUCAUAACCUUAGCGGCGGACAAAGAAAGAGACUGUCAAUUGCUUUGGAGCUCGUCAAUAACCCUCCGGUUAUGUUCUUUGACGAGCCCACUUCUGGCUUAGACAGCUCCUCCUGCUUCCAAUGUUUGAAUCUACUCAAAUCCUUGAGUCGAGGAGGAAGAACGAUCAUAUGUACGAUACAUCAGCCAAGUGCAAGGCUGUUCGAGAUGUUCGAUCAUUUGUAUUUACUAGCCGAAGGGCAAUGUAUAUAUCAAGGGAACGUAGGUGGUCUCGUACCAUUUUUAUCGUCGAUGGGUCUCGAUUGUCCAAGUUAUCAUAAUCCUGCAGAUUACGUGAUGGAAGUUGCAUGCGGGGAACACGGCGAGUGCGUUCACAAAUUGGUAAUGGCUGUGAAUAAUGGUAAAUGCAACAAUUAUCAACAUCAUCAAGCUGCGAUAGCGGCGAGUCAAACGGUUUCGAACGAUAUCGCAAAGCAAUCACCUACUCAAGAACAAACCAAACCAGAAGCUGGUAGCUUAAUACCAAAUGGUGUUGCAAAACCAGCCGCUGAUGGUACGGUCAUCAAUAUGCCGAUUUCUUGCACGACUUCUUUGCUCGACAGUGCCGAAAGUAUAGAGCAAAAAGUUGGCUUCCCGACCAAUGGAUGGGUGCAAUUUUGGAUUCUCCUUAAAAGAACCUUCCUUUCGCAGUUAAGAGACAUGACAUUAACGAGAACAAGGCUGAUUUCUCACAUAAUCGUUGGUUUUCUCAUCGGUGCUAUUUAUUAUGACAUCGGUAACGAGGCCUCGAAAGUAAUGAGUAAUGCCGGAUGCGUCUUCUUCACGGUGAUGUUUCUUAUGUUCACUGCUAUGAUGCCUACCAUACUCACGUUUCCCACAGAGAUGGCAGUGUUCGUGAGAGAACAUUUAAAUUAUUGGUACUCGUUAAAAGCUUUCUACUUUGCUAGAACUCUAGCCGACUUGCCCUUUCAGAUAAUCUAUUCCAUAGCUUAUGUUAUGAUCGUCUACUUUAUGACUUCGCAACCAUUGGAGACUGAGAGGUUUCUCAUGUAUCUAAAUAUAUGCGUGUUAACGUCAUUGGUAUCACAAUCAAUCGGUUUGUUAAUAGGUGCUGCAAUGAGCGUCGAGAGUGGGGUUUUCAUCGGUCCGGUAUCGUCGGUUCCGAUCGUCCUAUUCUCCGGUUUCUUCGUAAAUUUUAACGCGAUACCAUCAUACCUAAGGUUCCUUUCUUACGUGAGUUACAUCAGAUAUGGCUUCGAGGGUGCCAUGAUAUCCGUUUACGGCUACAAUCGUGCAAAGCUAAAGUGUUCCGAUGCAUACUGCCAUUUCAAGAGCCCGACAAAAUUUCUAGAGGAGAUGUCGAUGGAGAACACCGUUUAUUGGGUAGACGUUGUCGCCCUUGUUGGUUUCUUACUCGGUCUAAGAGUCGUCGCCUAUUUCGUCUUAAGGCUGAAACUUCGAUCUCUUCGUUGAAACCGAUUCGACGACGUCGAUGCUCCAAUGGCGAUGGCAGACAAUAACAUGAAAGAACAAAGAAAGUGAAGAGAAAAUGAAAGAGAAAGAAAAAGAGAAAAAGAAAGAAAGAGAGAGAAAAACGAAAGCACGACAGUCAAAGGUAUGGUUCUUCGUGGCCCAACAAACUUGCCUGACUUUUUUCAGAAAGAAAGAAAGAAAGAAAGAAAGAAAGAAGAAAGAAAGAAAGAAAGAGAAAGAGAGAGAAACAAAAUAAAAAGAGAGAAAAAGAAGUAAGCUCCUUCGACGCGUUUUUACUUCCACGGAGAAGAGCUUCGAUCGAGACUGGAUCGGAUUUUCCAAUGCCAGACACUUUUUCCAUAAGCGAUCCAAUGAUAUUGUCAUUAGCAUUUUUAUAAUAAGAAAAGAGAUCUCCCACAAGGUUUCUGGCGUUGGAAAAUGAAUCAUGGAAGUAAGUGAUAAAAAAGAAAAAAAAAAGGAAACCAUCGUUCGCUCUGUUAAUAUAACAUACAUACACGUACACACACACAUACUGUGUUUCCUUGUGCUUUUGAUAUUAUCCGACUUUUAUAAUUUGACUUUCUAGAGAUCGGUAAAACUAUACACAUCACUGACUCUUAUUAUACACAUAUAAACACAAAAACACAAAGAUACAGACAGCAGCAAACAGAGAAGCAUAGAAGAAAAUUGUAGUUUCGAUUAUUACCGAAGUUUAGCAGCUAAAGAGUUCAUAGGCAGGACAAUUAAAGUAUGAAGCCUAAUUAAAAUUUCAUCGAAUUAUUACGGAACUAUCGGAGAAAGAGAGAGAAAGAAAUAAAGAUAAGAGAGAGAGGGAGAGACGGAGAGAGAAAAAAGAAAGAGAGAGAAAGAAAAAGUCGAUUAUUACUACCAAUGAAAUAUAACCGAAGAGAACCAGAAGAUGAAUCAUAAAAGCGCGUAGAAUUACGUAGAUAUUUCUAUAAGGGAUGAAUGUAGAGAGUGCGCAUUAGUUAGGCUAUUUUAACGAAUCCCGUAAUAAUAAUAUCCUAAAACAUGCGGACUUGCAAUAUAUUCCAAAAGAACGGCCAGCGUUCGAUCGAAGAGUCAAGAAAGUGAGAAAGACAAUGUUCAUAGCCAAUUACUACUAACUCGCCAGGAGCCUUAGGCCCAUUCAAGACUCGUUUCCCUCCAACGAUCGCGCGUCUAUCGUAAUUAAAUAAACGAGACGAAGGAAUGUUUAGAUCGUUUCGUUAUUAAGUAGAUUAUACGUAGUUAUAUAUAUAUAUAUAUAUUUAACGGAUCAAAACUUAGAAAAGAAAACGAGUCUUUUAUUAUUCUCAUAUUUACGUGACGACGUCGUGUGUCUCUAAAGAUGUAGCGAACAAUUACGAUGAACUAAAUAAGAACAAUAGACCUAAUCGAAAAAUAUGUAAAGAAGAAGAAGAAACAAGUGGAAUGAUAAAAAAAAAAGAAAGAAACGUAAAGAGGUAAAGAUCUACGCGAAAGGAGACGCCGACGACGCAUUUAUAUUCGGCACAAUUUCAUAUACAUACCAUAUGUAUAAAAAGGUCCGUAAGGAUGAAUUCUCUCGAUUCAUAUCGUGUAAUUUCAUUAAGAAAACAAAAAAAUGCAUUAUAUAUAUACAUAUAUAUAUAUAUAUAUAAUGCAUAUAUAAAUGUACACGUAAGUACAUACAUCCCUACACACACACACACACACAUACACACGCGCGAGUUUACUUAAAUAUUUGUAACACGCGAGAAGAGUCGAAUACAAAUUGGAACGUGCUGUCUAUUGUAAAAAGGAACGAAAGAAAGAGAAAAAUCAAGAAAAAAUAAAAAAAAAAAAUAAAAAAAAAGAGAAGAAAAAGAAGAAGAAAAAAAAAAGAAAAAAACUAUAAAGAAACGCGAGAAAAAUGGGAGAAGCUCACACUUGACCAAUCACUAGCUGCCUGAGCGUUUGCUUCUAAUAAGUGCGAGUGCUAGCGUAAACAAGUUGCUACAAUUAAAAAUAAUUAAUUCGAAGAAUCAUCAGGGAGGAAAAUAUCCAACGAUCGUUGCACGUACGAUGAUGACGAAGACGAUGACGAUGACGAUAACCAUGAUCAUGAUGUAUGUGCUGGUAAAAACGCGCGUAUCUUUCCUUUGCGAGCGUAUCUUUAAGUGAGAUAAAUACAUCCUCGUUAUAUUGCA